GCAAAAAUGCUAUACAAUUAUAGUCGUAUUUAGCGAGCAAAAAUAAGAAACAUUUUAAUUAUUUACUGCGGAUAACUGGCCCAACAAACUGACCUAUUCUUACAAAAUGUAAUCGUAUGAAGUUAGUAGAGGAAUAAGUUAUUAGUGCCGUUCCUGGACCCCUCACAAUCAGUCUCCUGAUCUGUAGCAUGGCGUCGGACCGGUCUGACGUAUGUUGACGUUUUUUUAUUGAUAAAAUCGUUGCGGAAGAUUACAUUAAUUUUGACCGCAAACAUUACCACCUGAUAAGAUAAAAUGACUACAGGUAGUUUUUUUAAAGUUAAAGAAAAACGAGAAACAUUUUCAUAAAUCUCCAAUGGUAAAUUUUUGAAGUGAUAUCAAUUGUUUUUGUACACCAGAAGUAUGCUGUGAUUCUUAUUUACGUAUAUUUUAUAUACACUCUACCACCAUUUUUCAAUUGAAAAUCAUUGCUAUACAGUUAGAAUUGAGGAACUUCCUCUAUUUCAAUACCCGAUGGCUACUAAAAUAGAAGUAUUAUGGAAACAAGCAUUGAAAAUGUUUUCUGGACGCAACAAUCCUAAUUAUAAUCUAUGUUUGAAGAAUUUGGAGAAACUCAAGAGUCUCAUUAAUGAUAUUACAGCUGAAGAUGUUCAUGUUGAUAAGAAUGUGUUUGAAUAUAUCCGUAUUCAAUCAGCACCAAUGUGUGUUAUAGAUGUAUUUGAAAAUGAAGAUAUAACUAUUGCCAUAUUUAUUUUAAAAACUGGAGUAACAUUACCGAUGCAUGACCAUCCUGAAAUGCAUGGGCUGUUAAAGGUUAUAAAUGGAGUUGUUAAAAUUGACAGUUAUACAAUAGAGUCACCAAACAGUACAAUAGAAAUAAAUCAAAGAAUACCAGCUACCAGACAUCCAUCAAUGAUCAUAGGAACAACCGAUCCAGCUUGUGUGCUGACUCCAGAUAAAAGAAAUCUACAUGAAAUCACAUGUAUAGAAGGGCCAGCAGCAUUUUUAGAUAUUUUAAGUCCUCCGUACGAUACUGAUGAAUAUGGAGAUGGUAAGAGGCCAUGCAGAUACUUUAAAUGUAUAAGCAAUGAAAUGACAGAACAGGUUCAACUAAUGAUUGCUGAUGUUCCAUCUAGUUUUUAUUCAAGAACUAUAAAGUACUUGGGUAAGCCUUUGAGAUGAUCUAUAAUGAUUUAUAAUGAUACUCUGCAGUGUUUAAUAGUUUAAGUGUCAACCAUUCAAAAUUAUAAAUUAUUGUUAGUUUGAAAGUGUUUUUAAAUAUAAUCCUUUGGUAUAUACCUAUAUAUAAUUUAUAUUUUAUUUUUAAUUAAACAAGUAAUUUAUAAUUUGACUAAUCUUAUUGAGUUUUAUUUUGAAUAGAAAAUAUUUGAAGUAGUGCCAUUCUAUUGAUAGUUUGUUGAGAUGUUGUAUUAUACAGAGAGUACAAGAAAGUAUAAAAUUGGUAAAAAUUUAGAUAAAAGUCUAACAAAAGUUAUUGUUAACUUUAUUUUCAAUUAAUGACAAUGAAUAAACAUUACAUAUACUAAACCAUUUCUCUAUAAUAAACUAAUUUCCUUUAUAUGUUAAAAAUUAUGAGAAAUAAUGUGAUUAAAAAAUAAAUUAUUUUGUUUUGUAACAAUUUACAGUAAAAACUUUUAAUGUUGCGAAUACUUUCAUAAAAUUGAAGGAAAUCAAAUAUUUAACUGUAGAGAUUAGUUUUUCAAGAAAGGAUCAGAAUAACAUUGUUUCAAUACCGAAAAAAUUGAAAAUAACGCGUGUACUACAGAUAAAUUAUAUUGUUCUCGUUAUUUCCUUUUCAGACUUUUGAUUUCAAUAAAGAAAACAUAAGUACUUACAAUCAUAUUCAGUAUAAAUUACUAUUUGCUAAUGCAUUUCAUGUACUUAAAAUAGAAAAUCAUAGUUAUUCUGAAAGUUGUUUUAUUUAAUAAUAAUGCUAUAUUUUUUUGUUCAGCUAUCAUGUAUCAAAACAAUAAAAUAAUCUAUUAUACUAUUUUGAAAAUUAAAUGUAUUUUUUGAAAGGAUAAUGGGAAAAUAUGAUACCUUAAGAAAUCUAGAUUGAUAAG